AUGGAGCUUCCAAAGAAUGCAAAGAUCUUGGUAUCGAGUGGAAUUGCUGCAGCUGUUGUAGUCAAGUUUCUCUGGUUUGUCCAAAAGACCUACGUGACAAGUCCGUUGGCAAAAAUCCCAGGACCAUGGUGGAUGCCCUUGCUUUCAAGGACUUUUUCUGCGAUUGCAUGCACGAUUAUGGGAUGGACGCUAUUUCCGAUGAAGCUUUUACAUGAUCAUCGAAAGUAUGGGCCUAUUAUCCGUGUUGGGAGCACGUGGAUAACAGUUUGUCGGGGGGAUGUCGCGAAAUACCUGCUCCUGUCAAAUGCAAUCGAUAAGCCCGAUUUCAUAUACAGGACUUUGCGUUACAAUGAGUAUGGGGACAACUUGUUGACGACGUUAGAUCACGGAGAACAUAAACGAAUACGUAAAGCCAUUGCCCCUGCUUUUGGAAUUCAGCAUUUAAGGAGUGUUGAAGCCUACUUUGCGCAAAACUUUACAGUUUUGGCUAGUGUAUUAGACAAGUCGAUUGAUGGCAGCCCGAAUGGCGAAAUCACUGAGGACGUAUGGCAGAAGCUCAAACUGUUUAUGGCCGAUUGUCUAGGUGAUAGUGCGUUUGGAGGAUCAUUCGAGGCUCAGACAACAACAUCGGGAGCUGCCAGAGUACCAGAUUUAGCCUAUGCCAUAUUUGCUAGGAAAGUGUUAAUGGCUAUUUUAAGCUUUUUGAAGUACUUCCCAAAUCCGAUUUUGAAUGAUGCCCAUGCCAAGACGUCGGAGCUGGCUUCGAUUAUUGAGCCAUUGAUUGAUGAUCGUAUUGCUGGAAAGUCCCGGAGAGAUGAUUUACUGCAAGUGCUGGUUGAUGGUGCAUCAGCUUCGGAAAUUGAGGAAGAGUCUGGAGACAAGCUAACGAGAAAUGAAGUAGUUGCGAACAGUCUUUUGUUCCUCACUGCUGGAAUUAGUACAUCUUCACGAAGCAUGGCAUUCCUUCUCAUCAGUCUCGUCAGAAACCCAGUUGCUUACAAGAAACUACAAGAGGAGAUUGACAACGCACCGGUGGAACCGUCGACGGGAAAUAUUUCGCCUGAAGUCUGCAAACAACUUCCAUACUUGAAUGCAUGCGUGAACGAGACGUUACGAAUGUUUGGAUUCACAUGGGUCGUGAGGGUAUUGAACCGUGAUGUCCAUGUAGCCGAAUUACUUUUGCCCAAAGCAACUGGUGUAAUCAUCCCCUUAUUUGUGCUGAUGAGGGAUCCAGCUACAUGGGAAAAUCCAGACUCGUUCAUCCCAGAUCGGUUCUUGGACGGAUCGAGGAAUGACAAUGCUGGUUUCUUGCCAUUCAGUACAGGCGAGUAUAAUUGCAUCGGUCGUAACUUUGCUCUAUCCGUGGUCAAGAUCUGCAUGGCCAACUUGCUCAGAAAAUUUGACUUUGAGGGCGUUGAUCCUAAUCACUCUAUGGAACUCGUCGUCGAUGGGUUUACUACGUUGAGAAAAUUGCCAUAUCUUAUGAAAGUCCGCAAACAUCGACAAGUGGAGGAGUAG